ACACUGAGGAUGCCAGUGAAACUGACCUGGCAAAACAUGAGGAAGAGGACUUUGUAGAAAUGAAAGAACAGAUGUAUCAGGACAAACUGGCAUCUCUUAAGAGGCAGUUACAACAGCUGCAGGAAGGUACUCUUCAGGAGUAUCAGAAGAGAAUGAAGAAGUUGGACCAGCAGUACAAAGAAAGGAUACGAAAUGCAGAGCUGUUCCUCCAGCUGGAAACAGAUCAGGUGGAGAAGAAUUAUGUCAAGGAAAAAAAGGCAGCAGCAAAGGAGUUUGAAGAUAAGAAAAUAGAGCUUAAGGAGAACCUGAUCGCAGAGUUGGAAGAGAAAAAGAAGAUGAUUGAGAAUGAAAAGCUAACCAUGGAAUUAACAGGAGAUUCAAUGGAAGUGAAGCCUAUUAUGACAAGGAAGCUGAGGCGGCGACCAAAUGAUCCAGUUCCUAUCCCAGACAAGAGGAGGAAACCUGCCCCUGCUCAGCUAAAUUACUUGUUGACUGAUGAGCAAAUAAUGGAGGACCUGAGAACACUGAACAAGCUUAAAUCACCCAAGAGACCAGCCUCUCCCUCCUCUCCUGAGCACCUCCCAGCUACACCAGCAGAGUCUCCAGCACAGCGGUUUGAGGCCCGGAUAGAAGAUGGAAAACUCUACUAUGAUAAGAGAUGGUACCACAAGAGCCAGGCCAUUUACCUGGAGUCUAAAGAGAACACUAAGAUCAGCUGCGUGAUCAGUUCUGUGGGUGCCAAUGAGAUCUGGGUGAGGAAAACCAGUGACAGCACAAAGAUGAGAAUCUAUCUGGGACAGCUGCAGCGAGGAGUUUUUGUCAUUCGUCGGCGAUCGGCUGCAUGACUCUGCUCUUCCUUGGUCUUUUUUAACCAAUAGACAAACCUCUGGUGGGGAAUGGCAGUCUGUCCACUCAGCAGCAGGGGACACUGUCAUGACCUCUUACAAGACAGUUUGUGGCUGGCCACAUAAUCCCCAGUAGUCCUUAAAUCUUUAGUGAUACAAAAGCACUGCCCUGGACUCUUAUCUGGAUUUUGCAUCAAGCUUCUGUAUGCUUUCUUUAUAUUUGGG